UCACGUUCAUUCACGCCAUGGUUCGUGUAAGCAACACCCUUGUUACACUUCUCAAUAUCAUCUUCCUCCUAGUUGGCCUUGCCGUCAUAGCUGGCGGCGUAUACCUUCACGUGCAUGGCUCCUCCACAGAUUGCCAAAAAUUCCUCAAGAACUCGCUAGUGAUACUGGGUGCCUUCUUGUUUCUUGUUUCUUUUCUGAGGUUGACGGGUUCAUGCUGCAGGAGCAAUUUUUGGUUAUGGCUUUAUCUGAUUCUCUUGUUUUUGAUGAUCGUUGGUCUCGUUGUUUUCACGAUUUUCGCUUUCGUAGUCACUAAUGAAAGCGCAGGUAAGGCCUUGUCAGGUCGAGGGUUUAAGGAUCACAGGCUUGGAGAUUACUCGCAUUGGUUGCAGAACCACUUCGUCAAAGGCAAGAAGUGGGAUGUCUUGAAGAGUUGUUUGAUUGAAGCUAAAGUUUGCAAGGCCUUCACUGAUGAUAAUAAGCAAAACGAUUUCUUGGAACAGAAAUUUUCUCCCACACAGGGGGGUUGCUGCAAGCCGCCGACGGAGUGUGGAUUUCAUUAUAGGAAUGGAACAACGUGGAAGGUGGCGACUUCUGGGCCAGCAGUAGACGACAGUGACUGUAAGGCAUGGAGUGCUGACCCGAAGCAGCUAUGCUACAACUGCAAUUCGUGCAAAGCUGGGGUUCUAGCCACCAUAAGGAAGCAGUGGAGGACUUUGGCUAUAUUCUUAAUUUGUGUCCUAAUCUUCACUCUAGUUGUCUUCUCCACUGCUUGCUGUGCCAAGAAGAACAAUUCCCUUGAUAAAAGAUACAAUUGGCGCAGGAAUUAUAUUGCUUAAUGAUUUAUUUUUACCACCAUUAUUUUUUUUUUCUUUUUCUUUUAAUUUGUAGGAUUUGUUGAUCAAUUUCUCAAUUUAUGGUAGCCUAGAUAAGAUUUUGUGGCAUUUAUAUGUAAGACAUCAAUUCUUUCCAUUAUAACCAAUUCUUAUAUA